ACCAAACCAAAAACAAUUUCCAAUUUCUUGGUGAACUCAAGCCUCUGCUUCAGUGUUGUGUUACUCCAGAAAUGGCAACUUCAGCGACUGCCUCUGUGAUUGGUUCUGCAACUACCCAUUUUCACCUCCUUAUCAGGACUAGAGCCAUUCCCUUCAAUUGUCAUCCACGAUUAAAAGGUGCGUUUUGGGCUGAGAAGCAGAACAGGAAGACCCGGAAACUCAUUUCUACUGUUCUUUCAUCUAAAACUGAUUCUUGGCGUCGGAUUUCUGCUUCUGCGGCUUCUCCUUUUGAUCUUUCGCCUCCCCCCAUCGAUCAUGACCUCCUCGAAAUAGUGACGGCAGAUGGGGCAAAGGUUUCAGAGGAUGAGAUCAUUGAAACAUUCGAUAAUGAUGAUGAAGCAUUAGAUGCAUUUAAUAAUGGGGUUGUGGUCUUGGACUGUUCACAUUAUGGACGGAUAAGGGUCAGUGGAGAUGAUCGUAUUCAGUUUCUUCACAACCAAAGCACUGCAAAUUUUGAAUGUCUUCAUGAAGGAGAGGGAUGUGACACUGUCUUUGUUACGGCAACAGCUCGGACAAUAGAUCUUGCACAUGCAUGGGUCAUGAAAAAUUCAGUUAUUUUGGUGGUCUCACCAGUGACCUGUGGUAGCCUAACUCAAAUGCUGAAUAAGUAUAUAUUCUUUGCUGACAAAGUGGAAAUUCAGGAUGUUACUAAGAAAACUUGCUUCUUUAUUCUAGCUGGACCCCAAAGCAAACAACUAAUGAUCGACUUGAACCUUGGUGAUCUUGUUGGACAACCAUAUGGCACUCAUCGUCAUUAUAGUGCGAAUGGGAUGCCCAUUACUGUUGGGGUAGGGAAUGUCAUUUCUGAAGAAGGUUAUUCUUUGUUGAUGUCACCAGCUGCUGCUGGAUCUGUGUGGAAAACUCUUCUAUCUCAGGGUGCAAUUCCAAUGGGUUCCAACGCCUGGGAAAAACUGAGGAUUAUUCAAGGAAUUCCUGCUCCUGGUAAGGAGCUCACUGAUGAAUUCAAUGUCCUGGAGGCUGGUCUCUGGAACUCUAUUUCUCUAAACAAGGGAUGUUAUAAAGGACAAGAAACCAUUUCUAGACUCAUAACUUAUGACGGAGUAAAGCAGAGAUUAUGGGGAAUUCAUCUGUCAGCACCAGCAGAACCCGGCAGCCUGAUUACGAUUGAUGGAAGAAAAGUGGGAAAACUGACAAGCUACACAUCUGGAAGAAAAGAAUCAGAACAUUUUGCCUUGGGCUACAUUAAAAGGCAGACUGUUUCAGAAGGGAGCACUGUAACUGUUGAAGACAACAUUGUUGGAACAGUGGCGAACACUCCUUUUCUUGCUCGGCAAAGUCCGCCAUCACAAAGCUCCAGCUCGACCUCCAUUGAUUCAUUAUAAACACAAAUUUACCUUCAAUUAAAUGUGUUGAUGCAUAAUUUGUUCUUUACUUGAACAGAAUCUAGACUAUUCGAAACAACUUGUAAAUUAAAUGUGUACGGAAUAAGAAAUAUUUACUUGUGGAAUGGAACUUCAAACAUCAUUUCACUGAUCUGA